AUGGCUUCUUCCUUUUGUCCACUGCCGCCAGACUUGGCCAGCAAGGCACGGUUUCCCACUGGCUGUCCCAUAAUCUUUCUAGAUGACAGUUCCAACACGGAACACUCUGACCACAUGAGGCAGUGGAAGAGGGGAAGAGUUACAGAGGUUGGAAUUGACUUUCAAAAUGCAGCUCAAGGAGUUUGCUACAAGGUCAUGGCAAGAAAUGGCGAGGAAAAGGAGUCCACUCGGAUUGUUUCAGAAAAUACCAUCGUUUUUGCUCCUCGAUCACCUGUUUGGGUGUCUCUUGCCUCCUCUUCAACAGACAGAACUAGAACCAAGCACAAGGGGAUUGUGCUUCAAUCCAGCCACGACAAGGAUGAUCAUGCCACAACAACAACCACAACAAUAACAACAUGCCAAGUCCAAUACACAAUUAUGAUUCCAGGAAACAUCCUUUGCAACAUUGCACCAAAUGACAUUGAGUAUAGAAGAACCACCACCAAAGAAAUGGAGCAGCCUCAAGAGGAACAACCGACACAGACAGGAAACGGGGAAACACAGGAAACUCAUACGCAAGAAACGCCAAGUCGAUUCACAACAACAGAACAAACCUCAGAAGCAGAGCAACAAAGGGAUCCUAAUAAAGUGCUCAGCAACAAUCAGCUUGAACAAGUCCAGACAGCAACUAUCUGUAUGGAAGACGUGAAUGACGUCGAAAACGAAGAGGAUACGAGGCAAUGCGAUCAAGCAGAUGACGCGGAAUCAGUCGCCAUGGUGGAUUCCUUGAAGGAAAGGAAAGACGAGGAGAAAGGGUUCCGCAGAAUGGCUACGAGUGCGACUAUGCAUACCAGUGCCAGAGAACCAGAGAGUGAUGACGACAGAACCGCUGAUAUCGACACCAGUUCGACGAGACAAUCGGCAAGCACACAUCCACUUCGUCCCUACAACCACAGGAUACCCGUAUUAAGAGACGAACACGAGACGUUGUCCACUUCUGCUUCUAUGGAUUCUACUCCGUCCUCCAACACGGUGUCUUCUACUUACGAAACCAUGGCAGCGUUUCCCCUACGAUCAUCCACCACAACAGGCAAAUCCACAUUGGUGCCCGCAGACACAUCCGCCAGCAUGGCACAAACAUCAACCAAGCCGUCGUCGUCGUCCAAAUACAAGGCCAUGGAAACUUCUCACUACCCAGCCGCAUACACAAACGCACCCAGGACGUCUUCUGCAGACGCGUCCACGGCGCCCACUACUAUCCAUCGUGUUGUCUCUGAAUCAUCUGCCGAGCAAACUCGUGGUUACAGCUCAUCUUCUCACAACAACAACAAUGAUCAUCCAGAUCAUGGCAGCACAUCAGUGCCAACCAACGCGGGUACUACUACAUGUACUACUAGAACUGUAGUCUACAAUCCGCAGCCAAAUCCAUUUCGUCAGAUUCAUCGAGGAACACAUCAUCGGUUGGGUGGGGUGGUCAAGACUGUAAAGUGUCGACACGAAAUGACGGCGGAGGAAGAGGACCUGCUAAACCGAAUAUGCUUGAGAUACCACAUUCAUGGUAUGUGUAAUCGCGGGAAUCUCUGUCGUUGGGGAAACAGUCACCGAAACUUGACUGAGAAUGAAGCACAUUGGAUAGAGAACGCACUUUGUUCUGCCAUUACCCCGCACGGACCCAUUAGGUCGCGCCAAAGUCAACGAAGAACGACCCCUCAAUCUACAUCAGCGCAACUUAGUAGUGGCAGCAGGAGAGUGUCUGCUGCUGGAGCCGGCUUUGCGACAAGUCCAAGAAAGAAAGCGAGGGACGAUGGCAUCGAGGUCAAAUCAAGAGUGCCAAUAAAGAAGCGGAGAGUGACCUUGGAGGAGCCACCAAAGGCGUCCGUCACAUCAACAUCAACAUCAACAUCAACGGUAGACAGAGCCUUGUCGAGGUCGUCGUCCACUCGAUACUUUCUGCCCGUACUAGACUUUGGGACCGCAUUCUUUGAGCAGGUUUUUGCCCGAAAAGGGGAACGGGUUGGCGAGACAUACGGCUGCGAACUGACGCUUGAAGGAAGUGCGCUGCGGCAGAAGGAAGCAUCCGCACACGCGAAGAGACCGGAUCUAUUUGUCAGAAUCGUAGGGGAAACUUCCAAGUUCUCGGCUUGCAAAACAGCUCUGAAGAAGAUAUUCAUUCAUGGCCUGGACAGCAAGCUUCAAAUCUUUCUCCUUUUUCGAUUGAGCAUGAUCAACAAAAAGUCUGACAACAGGAUCGUGAUGAUAAAGGAUCCGUCUUCGCUUGGAUGGGGUUCCAGUUCAGACACACAGUUUAUUACAAUCGUCAAGAUCAAGUCCAACCAUGGGCUGGAUCGAAUUUGGCAAGAACAGGAGGCCUUGGAAUGUGCCUUCUCAAGAUGCAAGCUGGCUGUGUUUCACCGAUGCAAGACCUUUUCCAAUGUCAAGCCCUUUGUUUGCAUUUCCGGAGCGAAUGCUCACGAUGUCCACAAAUGCCAGCGUGGCGUGGAGAUCUGCUUACACAGGCGGCACACGUAG